CAUUCGCCGGCUGGAAUAAGAUUGCCGAUUCUGAACGAUAUCACCUCUCGCAAAAGCCUUGGGAUUGGUUGAAAACAACAAGAAUCAAAACCCACUUUGGUUUGAAAUCUGUUUUUACCACAUUAUUAUGGUUAUUAUAUUGGAAGUGACAGCAUAAUAUGAAUGAUAGAAAAGUUGGUAGGUGUUAGAUUAGAUGGGCUUCUCUUUGUUAAUAUUUAACUAAGCUAUCAAGACUGUUGCAAUUUGCUGCUUUCAUAUCCCAUGUGGGGCAUGUUAAGAGGUGAUUCUUUAUAGCUUCGGCCACAACACAAAUCUCAUGGUUCAUAGCUAGCUUUUUUUAUUUUUCAUUUUUUUAUAUAAAUGUAAAUAAUCAAUUUGGCAGUUGUUUUAGCUCCCACGUUCUGUAUUAGACCUUGCCAGCAGUUGAGAAUCAUUAACCAGCACUGCCAUUGAUAACAUUACCUCAUAAGCAGCUCUCUCUUUUGGUGCAUGAGUAGACUUUGAUCAUUUUACUACUUUUGAAGUUUUUCUAAGAGAAAUGAACUCAGUGGCCAUGGAUCCUGUGAGUAAUGACAUCGAACCUAAAAGAAUUGGGUCGUUUGGUACAACAAGCAGUGCAGGCUCUUCAUUUAGAAGGCGCUCUUUGAGUAUAUCACGAGGUCAUUCCUUUCAAUUAAACGAUGACAUUGAAAGUGAGGCAGUUUCUCUGGCAGGAGAUGCUGGUGAUUUGGCUCUUCAUAGCAGUAGGCAUAGUCAGAGUAGCAGAAUAAGCUUUUCCAUUGAUAACGCAUUGGAGAGUGGUGCAGUGUUUCCAAUUCCAGAAGAUAACAUGUUGCGAUCAUAUGGAUUUUGGUGCCGUGAUCCACCAACGCAAAAUGCAAUCUCUCCUGUGUCACCAAUGCCAGAGGAAAUCAUAUCUCCUCUUUCCACAACUGCACUGAAUUUCUCUGAGGAGAAAGAUCAAGAUGAAGAUGAAGCUCUGCCUUUGUUUUUGGAGUAUAUAUAUUGUCUUCUCCAUUUAGCUGUUUUUGGAAUUCUUGGGGUUUUAUCCAGAUAUUUGUUGCAGAGACUCUUUGGGCCUAGUACUGCUGUCUUAGAGUACAGGAAUAUUCAAGCUUUGACUAACACAUAAAUAUUGGGAAAGAGGCAGCCUUUCGAAGUCAUUUCAAUGAGUCCCAGUGUUAGACACAGGCAAGAGUGCCAAACCAUGCAAAUGUGGGUGGCAAGCGAUUCAUUUUAGACAAUUAUGCUUAAUCUGCAAAAUUGUGUGAUGUUUGCACUAUAUAUUUGCUUAGAGUAUUAUUAUUGUUUUUAGCCACUGCUUGGAGUACAUUGUUAAAGUUAUUUUUGAUGAGGUCAGUUUGGUUUGUUGCAGGUAAAUACCAGGACUUGCGAAACAGUUGUAGAUGGUAUUCAGUUGGGAUUCUUGGGUUGUUUGAGUACCGUUUCUACUUUCAUUGCCGAGUUCAAUGCAAUGAGAGGAAGUCAUCGGCCUUGGAGAGCAUAUGCUUAUGCCCUAUCUACAAUAGGUCUCUCAUUUGUUUUUGGGGUUCUUUUCUACGAUUUACCCGUUUGGUUAAAAGGCUACAAGUAAAACUUGAUGCGCUUCAAUGCCAGUCACUUUCUUUUGGAUAUGCUUCUAAGCAAUGCGGAGAAUGAUGCAGAAACUUCAAUUUAUCAGGGAGAAAACCCAGCAAAGAUUUAUAAAUUAUUGGAGUCAAUUCUAAUUGUAAGAUGCAUAUUUCUAUUUAGCUUCUGAUUCCUUUUUCUUGGAAUCAAAGUCUGUCUUUUUAAAGAGUCGUUAGCAUUAAACCAUUAGGUUUCAGUUAAUAAGAUCGAAGCACAUAAUUGUUUCUUUGGAAAUUGUAAAUAAAAACCUUAUUUUAUC